AUGAUUCAUGAGUUUAACCUGGCAUUAUUGGCGAAACAACUGUGGAGGCUAACACAAAACCCGGAUUCGCUGGUCGCCCGUGUAUUAAGAGGAAGAUAUUACAGACUAAGCUCGCCUUUGCGAGUAAACUCUGUAAACAGUCCAUCUUAUAUUUGGACUAGUAUUUCAGCUGUGAGAGAGCUGUUGUUGCUGGGGAUAAGGCAGAAAAUACACUCUGGGUAUGAGGUUAAAGUGUGGGAGGAUCCUUGGAUUCCAUUGAAUCCUGCUAGGCCAGCUAUACCUAUAGCGCCAGUUAUGCAUCCAAACAUGAGAGUGAGUGAUCUUAUUAAUCAGGAGCUAAAGGAAUGGGAUGUUAACAUAUUGGAGCAAUAUGUAAGCCCUGAUGACAUACCACUCAUAAGGAGUCUAGCCAUAAGCACAACUCAUAGGCCUGACACGUUUUGCUGGAACUUCACAAGACAUGGACAAUACACGGUUAAGUCUGGAUAUUGGGUUGCUCAAAAUCUUUUGAAGGAUGCAGAUGAAAAGCAAGUGUUGGAGCCAAGUAUUACAAAGCUCCAAGCCUUUGCUUGGAAGAUAAAGACGCCAAAGAAAAUGUGUCAUCUUAUAUGGCAAUUAUUAACUGGACAGGUGGCAGUAACGAGAAAUUUAGUAAGACGAAAUAUAAGAUGUGAUAACUACUGCCCAAGAUGUGGUGAACCAGAGAAGUCAGUAACACAUGCUAUUUUUGAAUGUCCACCUGCUAUGCAAGUUUGGCUGCACUCAACGACUCCAACGAAUCCUGGUGUGUUUCCAGCAUCAAGUAUAUACACGAAUAUGAACUACCUCUUUUGGGAAAAAGACGGUUCACUUGAACCAGAGCAAGACAGGGAUCCUUAUCCUUGGAUAAUUUGGUACGUUUGGAAGGCGAGAAAUGACAAACUCUUUAGGGGAAUUGACAGAGAUCCUCUGGAAAUAGUUCGUUAUGCUGAGAGUGAGUGUCCAGCUUGGUUUAAUGCCAAUGAGAAGAUAACUCCAAUAGUACAAGAGAGUAAUGUAGAGGAGUCUCAAGUCAUAAGCUUGGGAAACAUCUGCUUACUGGAUGGAUCAUGGACAUCUCAAGCUCAAUUUAGCGGAUGUGGAUGGGUCUGGUUGGACAGUGGGGGAAAGACGCAACUUAUGGGAUCUCAGAAUUUUCCUAGAAAAGAAUCAGCUCUACACUCAGAGGUGGAAGCACUGCGAUGGGCAAUGGAAAACAUGCUCCAGCAUUCGACAUGUCAGAACUUCGGGACAGACUGCAAAGAUUUGAUUACAAUGAUCAAGGAACCACAUGCUUGGCCAAACCACCUCAAGUUUGAGCAAUAG